AUACUACACCAUAUAAAAGAUAAAGCUUCACCACUCCCUUCAACUUGUUGAAUCCCCCUCAUGUUAACUUCUUUCUAGGUUUCCACUGUUCUAUCCCUCCCACCCCAUCAAAGGCAAAGAACAAUCCAAGAAAGUAUAAAAAGUAAACCCCCAAACUCAAAAAUAUCAAUCUUUGAUUUGAUAGUUGAAUAAAUGGGGUCACAGUCAGCAAAUUUGUGGGUUUUGUUGGGUUUAGGACUGGCUGGAAUACUUAUAAUGACCAAAAAGCUGAAGAAAACUGUUAAAGCUGAUUUUGGUGCCUUUGUUGAACGCCUUAACCUUCUUCCACCCCCUCAGCCUCUUCCACCUAAAGCUCCUCAUCCUCUUACUGGCCUUACUUUUGCUGUCUCUGAUGUAUUCGAUAUCAAUGGAUUUGUGACAGGGUUUGGGAACCCAGACUGGUCAAGGACUCACGAACCUGCUAGUCAGACGUCUACCGCGGUCUCUGCGCUUGUUGAAGGAGGAGCCACAUGUACUGGAAGAACUGUUGUAGAUGAUAUGGCUUUUGGUAUUAGUGGUGAACAGAGUCAUUUUGAUACUCCAACAAAUCCUGCGGCUCCUGCACGGAUGCCAGGAGGAUCAUCUAGUGGGGCUGCUGUUGCUGUGGCUGCAAAUUUUGUUGAUUUUUCUUUGGGUACUGAUGCUGUUGGAGGUGUGAGAGUACCUGCUGCAUACUGUGGAGUUUUAGGGUUUCGGCCAUCUCACGGGACUGUUUCUCACACCGGCAUAAUUCCUGUUUCAGCCAGUCUUGACACAGUUGGAUGGUUUGCAAGAGAACCCAGUAUAUUGCGUCGUGUCGGGCAUGUGCUGCUGCAGGUUCCAUUUGCUCCUCAACGUAAUCCAAGGAGUGUUGUGAUAGCUGAUGAUUGCUUUCAGUCAGUAAAUUUUCCUGGUGAUCACGUCAGUCAAGCAGUGACCAAAGCUGUCGAAAAGCUAUUUGGAAGACAAAUCCUAAGACGGGAGAAUCUAGAAGCCUAUUUAAACUCGAAAGUUCCAAGCUUAAAACUGUUUGCUGGCAAAAAGGCCAAUGGCAAAAGCGAAUCUUCAUCAACGAACUUGCUAGCAUGUGCUAUGCAUAUACUUAGGAGACAUGAGUUCAGAGAAAAUCAUCUGGACUGGAUCAAUGCUGCAAAGCCUAAUCUGGACCCUGUUAUUUCUGCCCAAAUGCAAGGAGCGCUGGAAAUCACAGACGCAAAUAUUGAUAGCUGCAAUGCAAUCAGGAACGAAAUGCGUUCAGCUCUAACUGAUCUUUUGAGAGAUGAUGGAAUUUUGGUUAUCCCCACUGUUGCUGAGCCUCCUCCAAAGAUUGGUGCAAAGGAGAUUCAAUCCGAGGACUACCGGAUAAGGUCAUGCUCAUUUUCAAGCAUAGCUAGCAUGUCAGGUGGCUGUCAGGUCUGCAUACCAAUGGGAGUUCAUGAUAAGUGCCCAAUUUCCGUGUCCUUUAUAGCAAGGCAGGGAGGUGACAGAUUUUUGCUCGACACCAUACAGACCAUGUAUGCAUCUCUCCAGGAACAGGCGGAAUUAGCCACAAAAUCAUCAGCAUCUGGUAACGCCUUGAGCAAAGAAACAUCUGCCGAAAUGGCUAAAGAAAAGGGUAACCAAGCCUUCAAAGAGAAACAGUGGCAGAAAGCCAUUGGCUUCUACACAGAGGCUAUUAAACUCAAUGGUAACAAUGCAACAUACUUUAGCAACAGGGCUGCAGCUUAUUUGGAGUUGGCAAACUUCCUCCAAGCCGAAGCCGAUAGCACUAAAGCCAUUGAUCUUGAUAAGAAGAAUGUCAAGGCAUACUUAAGAAGGGGCACGGCACGAGAAAUGCUGGGCUCCUAUAUUGAGGCAAUGAAAGAUUUCAGAUUCGCACUAGUUCUUGAGCCAACCAACAAAAGAGCAUCUCUGGCUGCUGAUAGAGUGAAGAAGUUCUUAGAAGGUAUAACUGUUUAGAAUGAUUGCUGUUGCAGAAUGUGUUGUGUCGAAGCAGGUCUUCUCAGCAGGAAUAUGAUGAAUUAAACGAUUGAAAAUACGAGGAAUCUGCAAUCAUCGACAUUCUUUCUUUCACGUGGUACUUUGAAGAUGGGGAGCGGCCCCUUAGACCUCGGCAUAGUUUGGUGGCUACAGCUUAAAAUUAUACUAGAGUUUUGAAGUCUAGUGCAAUUUUGUUUAGUAGAUAUUGCAUUCAAAUUGUAACUUUUAGAGCUAUUACUUCAUCGUUCAACAUGACCAAAUUAAUAUUUUUUGGACCAACAUUAUUUGGAAGGACUAAACCCGAUUUAUGAUA